GUGAAUCAAUUAUUGAAUUAUAUAAUGGAGGGAGGGUGCCCUCGGAAUUCGAUAAAUAAAACAUUUUCUGUUGCCCGUAUGACCAUAAAUCAUAGACAUUUCUUCAGAUAAGACCCCCGAGGACCGAAUGGCAGGUGCCCGAAUCCAUAAACGAUGCAAAUUAUCCUCAAAUAAGCAACCACACCCAUCGCAUAUAACAGCUGAUAUUGUUUGGUUUUAGGUCAGGCAUAGUCUGUUUCAGGGAUUCCCCGCCUCGGCGAUGUGUACUCUCUAAACGCUGUUCUCACCGUUCUAUCUCAACAAUGGUCCACAGAUCUGGCAUUAUUAGAACACCCGUGAACAAUUCUGACAACAUUUUCUGUAUAUUUUGCAUUUUAUCCCACCAAAACGCUCUUCAUGGGUGGGUAUGAAUGAACAUUAGCGUGACUUCCCAUUGGGCGCUUGUUAUAGUCUUAGCGCAAUAUAAGCAGUUAUACUACAAAUGAGGUCGUUCAAGGAUAACCAUCUCAUUUAAGAUUUAAAAAUCAGAAAGAAAAAAAUUGAAUCUUAAUCCUGUGGUAUUUUAUAUGUAUCUUUUGAGAAUUGCGUUUGCUAAGACUUAUUCAUGUGCUGCUAUGUGACCGUUAAAGCUGAUCGACCAACUGACAUAUAUUUUUUUUAAAUAGUGUAUUCCCCGUCGGCGGCCCCAUGUGAUCUCGUAUUACGAUAGAGCGACACGGUAUUAUUAUCAUUCCAUGCCGGUAUUAUGACAAAGUUAGGUUGAAAUUAUUAUAUAUUGAUGAUUAUGAAAAAUGGAUUUACACGUUUAAUUCUUGGUGUGACUGGGAGUUUGUCCUUAUCAAGGGGAUUUACCACUAAACGGAGUUCGUGUCUCAAUAUACACAGAACGCUAUGUUAUUGUCUCGGCCUUCUCUUCCUAGAUGCUGGAAAGCCAAUCACUAUGGUAUAUGUGCAGGGGAUUAAAUGAGUGUACUGUAUAACAAUAUAAUAAUUGGAUAUAUCUGCCAGUCUUGUUUCCCCACUUUCCCGAUGCCCCCGCCGGACUCGGACUGUGUAUUUUUUCCCCAUUCUACAAGCAAAUGGUUCGGUCAUUUCGGCUGAUGUUCAAACCGAAAAGCCUUCUUACCUAUGUUGUCCUCUGGUCAGUGUUCAGCUCUGUCUGUGUCUACUCUCAGGUUUCUAGAAAAGAUUUCAGUAUCCAGUUAUAUGAGAAAAGUUUACCAUGGGUAACCUGUCCUGAAGGGUGGAGUAAAAUCGGAAGCACAUGUGUCCUGGUUUUGGCAGAAUUAGCAACAUUUACUCAAGCAGAAUCAUUAUGUCAAAGUUAUGGAGGCUGGUUAUUGAAGUUAGAGGGAUAUAAUCAGAAUCAGCAGCUUGGAUAUUUCAUAGAAAAUGUGCAGCAUCAGCAGAACGACAAGUUCCAGUCCCUCCAGGGCUGGGAAGGCGCCUCAUUCUGGAUUGGAUUGUCCAGAGAUGAAGCUGGUCAGUAUAGCUGGACGGAUGGACAGGUGACAAAUGUGGAACAGGGUUUCUGGGCCCUGGAUCAGCCGCUGGGCUUUCAACACGGUCACAAGCUGUGUUCUUCUGUAAACGUAUUUAGUGUGACUGACUUUGGUAAAUAUCGCUGGUCCUUAGGACCGUGUGAAGCGAAACUGCCAAUUGUGUGCCAAACUAUGCCAUGUGCCGAACAGCAGUAUCGCUGCCAAGAUGGAAGCAAGUGUAUCAGUUCUGAUUGGUUGUGUGAUGGAGUUGCCGAUUGUCUUGACCAAUCAGAUGAAAGAAAUUGUUCAGGUUAUUGUGGCAAUAGAUAUCAGGGAAACAAUGGAACAUUCCAAUCACCACAUUAUCCUCAUCCUUACCCACCCCUCUCAUCCUGUCAAUGGAACAUUCAUACACCUGUAGGAACAAGAGUCUAUUUACAAUUUGAAGCUUUUGACAUAGAGAAUGGCUAUGAUGUUGUCAGCAUUUACGACGGUCGCUCCACGCUGGAUCCGCUGGUCGGAAACUACAGUGGAAGCAGUCUACCCAUAAUUCCCCUCGCUUCGUCCAACGAUCUCCUAGUCAAAUUUCAUGCAGACCAGGACAGUCAAAUGGCAGGUUUCAAUGCCAUCUGGUUUGCGGUUGCUGUUGAUGGCUGUGGGGGGCAUCUCAAUGCUACAGCCCAGAACCAGUGGAUAACCUCCCCUGGCUACAGGGCCUCUCAGUACAUGAACAAUCUCAUCUGCGACUGGAACAUAACUGCUCAGCAAAAUCUGAUCUCACUUCAGUUUGAGGACGUCUCUCUGGGGGCUGGAGACUGGAUCGAGGUUCGGGAUGGCGACUCUGAGAACUCGGCCCUGAUUGGGAGGUACACCGGUGAAACCUUGCCUCCGGUCAUCAUUUCCACUGAUCACAGUCUCUUUGUCAGAUUCCUGUCUGACAGGGAGAAAGUUGGGAGAGGAUUCAACAUUUCAUACAAAGCAGGGUGCAAUGAUAUUCUUGUAAACAAGGAAGCAGCCAUUAUUUCAUCUCCUGGUUACAAAGUGGGAGCCUCAGUCACAUAUCCAUCCAACCUCCGGUGUUCGUGGCUAAUUCACAACCCCCGAGGCAGGGAACUCACAAUUGUGUUUGACGACAACUUCGAUACCGAAGUGGACUUCGAUGUUUUGACGAUAAUCAAUGGAUCCUCCAUAGAGGAAGCUGAUGCUGUGAUGUACAGAUAUUCUGGGACCAAAACACCUGCUGUCCAGCGUUCACGUCAAGGCCAUUUCAUCAUUCAUUUUACCUCUGAUGACCUUGUAUCAAGGCCAGGCUGGGGAGCAACUAUAUCAUAUGAUUGUCCAAAGUUGGAGAACUUGUCCAACAAUCUGAAUGUAAGCAGUCUGAAUGUGGAUUAUGGUACCUUCGUGAAAUUUACCUGUGAUACUGGCUACCUGCUGGAAGGGGCCCCAACUCUUGUCUGUGAUAUUAAUGGAUCUUGGUCAGACUCACUGCCAACUUGUAAAAAAAUAAACUGUGGAUCGCCUGUUGUACCGGAGAAUGGAGGAAUUGUGAGCUCAAAUUCCUCGUAUUAUACCGGAAUCGUGACGUAUCGGUGUGAUGUGGGGUAUCGAUCGCGCGGGGAAUUGGUUUCAAGAUGUCAGAGAAAUGGCCAGUGGAGCUCGGUCCCAGUGUGUGAAAAAAUCAGAUGUCCCAAGAUAGACAUACUGCAGAAUGGAUCAAUUAUCAAUGAUUUUGAUCCGUCCUAUGGGCAGAGAGUUUACUUCCGGUGUAAAGAGAACUUCCGUCUCAUCAACGCCUCAGAAAUCAUCUGUGAGGAGGACGGGGAGUGGUCAUCACUAAAGCCUCACUGUGCACCUCCCUUGUGUCCUCACUUGCCAAUCAUCAAUGGCAACACCAAUGUGGUCCAGCCUGUCGGUGGGAGUUCAGUUCAGGUGUUCUGUAACGCGGGCUAUUACCUGGAUGGUUCCCGGAGUGUCCGGUGUAACUGGGACGGGACAUACCCGUCAAAUCUACCCUCAUGUAAAGACAUUGAUGAAUGUGAGGACAGAGAACUAUGUCAGCCACACAUGUGUCGAAAUGUAAUGGGGAGUUACCAGUGCUUGUGUUCCCAUGGCUACCAGAAACUGAAUGAAACCUCCAACACAUGUCAUGAUAUUGAUGAGUGUGAAAUUGACGAGACCUGCGACCACACUUGUCGUAACACGGACGGCAGUUAUGUCUGUGAAUGCCGAUCUGGAUAUAAACUAUACAGAGGGAAUGAAGUCAUUGUCGUCGACCAAAGAACCAUCAUUCCAAACAAAACCUGCAUAGUGACAUGCCCAGCCUUCAAUGUGUCAAAUGGAGGGAAAAUUUACGCCAACACGACAAUGCUGUCUGACUACUCAUACAUCCACCCCACGGCCCUCUUUAUUUACUGUCCCUAUGGAACCCUGCCAUUGUGGAAUUCUACAACAGUCUUCUGCCAAGCCAAUGGAACAUGGUCACAUGAUAUCGAUCACUGCACAGAUCAAGUGUGUGAAACUCUGCCAGCGCUGCAGAAUGGCUAUGUUUCGUACGACAAUGAUGUGUUGAAGCUUGGAACGGUGGCUACCUAUAACUGCUCCAAUGGCUACUCCUUGUAUGGGUCCUCUCAGAGACAGUGUGUGUUGAGCACCAACUCCACGACAUUCUGGAGCGACAAUGCAGCUGUGUGCCUUCCUAAGAUGUGUGUGGAACCUAUUAAGCCAUUCCGUGGGUAUGUCAACUAUACUGGCCUUUCUUACGGGUCGGUCGCCACCUACAGCUGCAGGUGUGGCUACCGCUUAAUCGGGUCAAAGGUCAGAAAUUGUCAAGGAAAUGGAGUCUGGAGUGGUAACAGUACUAUAUGUGUAGAAAUGGAGUGUUCGACACCCACUGCUCCGUCUAAUGGUGGUGUUUACAGUCAGACGAGGAUGUUCUAUUACGGGAGCAGAGUGUCGUAUACAUGCCAGAAAGGUCACUCUCUCAAUGGGUCUGCCCAGUCAACUUGUGCCUUACCAGAAGAAACCAGUGUACCAGACCUGCUGUUGCUGCUGAAAGUAAAGUUCAAGGGAGAUAACAAUAUAAACAUGCAAUGUGCUCCAAAGUAUGGGGAAGUGUUAGCAGCAAAAUUUAACACAAACAUUCGUAAUCUGCCUGCUUGUUCCUCAGUUCACAUGGAUGUGUUGGAUUCCAGCACUGGGAAUUUCUCAGGCACAGAGAUUAUUCUUGGAACUUCUAUAACACUGAGUGGCUCCACUUCAGCUGUCUGUUCCUGCUCAACAAACAUCAUUCAGGAGAGUCCGACAAGGAUUGCUUGGACGAUACAGGUAAACUCUUGUCCAACACUGGCCAACAAGGAUGCUGCAACCCCAGAGAAGAAGUUCCUGGAGAGGAUUUCGCACUGGAAGUGUCCCGCGGACUUCAGCCUCCAGGGUGGAGAGGAGGGUUGUGAUUACAGCCUCGCUCCAGUUUGUCGUAAAGUCACUGACUGUUUAGAUAAAGAGGAUCCUAUUGAAAUAACUUCUACCAUUACCACCUCAAAACUACCUCUUACAUCUCAAACUACCUCAACACUAUCAACUACAACAGGAGAGGAUCAAAGGACUGAAAGUACUAGUGCAACUGACACAACAACAGAAGUGCUUACAAAUGUGCAGUCAACACCAGAUAGCAUUUCAACAACACAGACACUGAUACAAACUAAAAAUGUGAAUGAAGUACAGACUUCUACUACAACACAGACACUGAUACAAACUACAAAUGUGAAUGAAGUACAGACUUCUACUACAACACAGACACUGAUACAAACUACAAAUGUGAAUGAAGUACAGACUUCUACUACAACACAGACACUGAUACAAACUACAAAUGUGAAUGAAGUACAGACUUCUACUACAACAGCACCUGAUGAAUAUACAAGCACCAUUAUGUUUUCUCUUAAUACAACUUCAGCAACAUCAGAUACAGUUAGCACCACAUCUACAGAAACAUCACAGACAACUACAUUAAUCUUAACAGAAGCACCAACAACAGCUCCACAAACCCAUGAAACAACAACUGAAGCUUUUCAAACAACUGUGGCAGAAUAUACCACAACAUACCCAUCUACCACUGUAACAGAGACUGUCACUACAACAGAACCUCCCACAAUCCCAACAGAACCUCCAGCAACAACUACUGCAAAAACCACUACAAUCAAAACAACAGAACCUCCAGCAACAACUACUGCAAAAACCACUACAAUCAAAACAACAGAACCUCCAGCAACAACUACUGCAAAAACCACUACAAUCAAAACAACAGAACCUCCAGCAACAGAACCUCCCACAACCACUACAGGACAUCUUACAACAGCCAAGGCUUCCACCACCACAAGAACAAUGGAACCUCUAAGUGUUACAACAGAACUUUCCACAACAGAGGUUCUUACAAGUACAACAAAAGCUACUACAACGACAACAGAGGCUCCCACAACAAGGACAACAGAAUCCAUAAAAACCACAACAACGAUACUGCCCACAACCACAAAACAAAUUCAUACAACCACGACAACAGAGGCUCCCAUUACUUCAAGAACAGAGUAUUUCACUACUCCAACAAAAGUUCCCACAACAACAGAAGAUUCAACAACCACAAGUACAAUACACUCUCUGACAACACCAGAGUCUUCCACAACCACUGCAACAGAACCUCCCACAACCACUACAACAGAACCUCCCACAACCACUACAACAGAACCUCCCACAACCACUACAACAGAACCUCCCACAACCACUGCAACAGAACUUCCCACAACCACUGCAACAGAACCUCCUACAACCACUACAACAACAGAACCUCCCACAACCACCACAACAGAACCUCCCACAACCACUACAACACUUACCCCAACCACUACAACACCUACCACAACCACUACAACAGAAUCUCCCACAACCACUAAAACAGAACUUCCCACAACCACCACAACAGAACCUCCCACAACCACCACUACAACAGAACCUCCCACAACCACUACAACUCCUACCACAACCACUACAACAGAACCUCCCACAACCACUACAACUCCUACCACAACCACUACAACUCUUACCACAACCACUACAAUGGAACCUACCACAACCACUACAACUCCUACCACAACCACUACAACAGAACCUACCACAACCACCACAACAGAACCUCCUACAACCACUACAACAGAACAACCCACAACCACUACAACACCUACCCCAACCACUACAACACCUACCACAACCACUACAACAGAAUCUCCCACAACCACUACAACAACAACAGAACCACCCACAACCACUACAACACCUACCACAACCACUACAACACCUACCACAACCACUAUAACAGAACCUCCCGCAACCACCACCACACCUACUCCAACCACUACAACACCUAUCCCAACCACUACAACACCUACCACAACCAUUAUAACAGAACCUCCCACAACCACUACAACAGAACCUCCUACAACCACUACAACACCUAUCCCAACCACUACAACACCUACCACAACCACUAUAACAGAACCUUCCACAACCACUGCAACAGAACCACCCACAACCACUACAACAGAACUUUCCACAACCACCACAACACCUACUCCAACCACUACAAUACCUACCACAACCACUAUAACAGAACCUACCACAACCACUACAACAACAGAACCUCCCACAACCACUACAACAGAAUCUCCCACAACCACUACAACAGAACCUACCACAACACCUACCACAACCACAACAACAGAACUUCCCACUACCACUACAACAGAACCUCCCACAACCAUUGUUACAGAACCUCCCACAACCACUACAACUCCUACCACAACCACUAUAACAGAACCUACCACAACCACUACAACAGAACUUCCCACAACCACUACAACUCCUACCACAACCACUACAACAGAACCUACCACAACCACUACAAUACCUACCACAACCACUACAACAGAAUCUCCCACAACCACUACAACAGAACCUCCCACAACCAUUAUUACAGAACCUCCCACAACCACUACAACUCCUACCACAACCACUAUAACAGAACCUACCACAACCACUACAACAGAACUUCCCACAACCACUACAACUCCUACCACAACCACUAUAACAGAACCUACCACAACCACUAUAACAGAACCUCCCACAACCACUACAACAGAACUUCCCACAACCACUACAACUCCUACCACAACCACUAUAACAGAACCUACCACAACCACUACAACAGAACUUCCCACAACCACUACAACAGAACUUCCCACAACCACUACAACAGAACCUACCACAACCACUACAACACCUACCACAACCACUACAACAGAAUCUCCCACCACCACCACUACAACAGAACCUCCCACAACCACUACAACUCCUACCACAACCACUACAACAGAACCUCCCACAACCACUACAGCACCUACCACAACCACAGCAACAGAAUCUCCCACAACCACUACAACAACCGAACAUCCCACAACCACUACAACACCUCCCACAACCACUACAACAGAACUUCCCACAACCACUACAACUCCUACCACAACCACUACAACUCCUACCACAACCACUACAGCAAGAGAACCUAUCACAACCUCUACAACAGAACUUCCCACAACCACUACAACUCCUACCACAACCACUACAACAACAGAACCUCCCACAACCACUACAACUCCUACCACAACCACUACAACUCCUACCACAACCACUACAACAGAACUUCCCACAACCACUACAACAAAACCUCCCACAACCACUACAACAGAACUUCCCACAACCACUACAACUCCUACCACAACCACUAUAACAGAACCUCCCACAACCACUGCAACAGAACCACCCACAACCACUACAACUCCUACCACAACCACUACAACUCCUACCACAACCACUACAACAGAACCAUCCACAACCACUACAACUCCUACCCCAACCACUACAACUCCUACCACAACCACUACAACAGAACCACCUACAACCACUACAACAGAACCACCCACAACCACUACAACAGAACCUCCCACAACCACCACAACAACAGAACCACCCACAACCACUACAACAAUUUCACUCACUUCUACAACUACCAUUACACAAACUACAAGCACAGAAACACCAGUAGCUGAAACCACCACUCCUGGGACGACAUUGGCUACCUCAUUGCCCCCACUGCAUUAUGGGACAUAUUGGACAUACCGAUAUCCAGCAAAUUCUGAUAUGAGCUGUCAGCAGGGUCUGGAGACUCGUUAUGUAGAGGCCUUCGAAGACAGCAGAUCAGUCAUUCAGAACGCAAAGAACUCGCAGAAGUCGGCCAUAUGUCCCUCGGCUCUCACAUUGUCUGUAACAUAUGAGAGACCACAUAUUAUCAACCGAGAGCAAGAGUUUAUAUUCAUUCUGAAAAUUGCUUUCAUGGGUGACAAGCAGAAUGCUGAAACAUGUGCUGGAGCAAUCAAUAGCACGGUCAACAACAAAUUGGAGAAUCUAUUCAACGAAAUCAACAACAAUCCAACCUGCUCAGCUGUUUACCCCCCUACGUCGCGCACUCUGUCCAAACAGAGCGAAUGGAUGUGUGUUAGUGACCUCUACCACUAUGACAUCAACCAGCACCUCUGUGUAUUAAGUGUCCAUAGCGCUGCCUCUCACUUACACAUGGCUUCUAGUCUGUCUGACAACCAGCCGGAGGUGUUGAUCCAGACAGUGCCGGUCCUGGAACCGCCAGCCACCACACUUCAGCCCACUGUUUUCCCCACCAUUGCCACUAAUGUGCCAAGCUCCACGAGUACCGAGACCCAGACUAUGACCCCUAUCCCAGAAAUCUUUGUAGAACAAGAUGAAACACCAUUCUUCGUCACAGAGGUCAACCUGACCUUCCAGAGUCAUGGUUUAACAGAUGAAUGUGAAGAGAGGCUGGAAGAAGAUAUACGCAAAACUGUUAAUCAAGCCAGUGACAUCAUUAAGCAAUCCCUCAGCCAUUUUCCCUCGUGCCUUCAUAUCACAGAUGCUGAGUUGAUCCCCACGAAAUCGGCACUUUCCCACAGCGCCACAACAUCUCUAAACCAGUCUCUGCAGUUUGAUCUUAGGGUCCUGGAGAAUGGGACGACGACCCCCACGCCAAACGAGAUAUUAUUGAUGGUGCCUUUUGUGCUGCGAUCCAGAAACUUCCCUCUUGAUGACAUGGAAAACUGUAUCAACCAUAGUGUGAAACCCUUCCUGGCAGAAGGAUUUCAGAACAACAUAUCAUACUUAAUCAGUGCAAUCCCAGGCAACAUUUGUCGUCAGAUAGAUUUUGUUAGUUCCCGUUACACCGUGGACAUCCGAUGCCAAACUCCGUUUGUCUUCCACCAUAAAGCCCGGCGGUGCUAUCGUUCUCCCGUGCUUUACAUGCCAACCCUCGUGUAUAAAAUACAGGUGACAUUUUUUGUUAGUAGUGCGAGACUGUCGCAGUGUAAUGUGUCGUAUCAAAGGUCGAUUCGAAGACAGUUGGAGAAACAGCAGGUGACUAUCUUGCGCGAACGCUUUUAUGACAUGUGUCUGACACAUGACACCGUGGUCACAAUCCACAAAAGUAUAAGUCCGUUAAAAUAUCAUGAAAAUGGACCAACCACCGAACUGAUUGGCAAUGUUAGCGUGCUUCUGAUGGCCACUUCAGAGGAACCAGAUUAUCCAGGUUGUGUGGGAAGUAAUUUGCACCAGCACCUUUGGAGUACUGACUUCAUUCCAGGAGCUCUUGUUUUGCCGACAGACAACCCAAGAGAGUGUGGGAAUGUGACUUGGGAGAAGAAUGACUUGGUACACAUGGAGAAGUUAUGUUUGGAGUCCUACCUUUACUAUAAAUCCCUGAACCGAUGUGUUGACGACAAAUCCGCAGUGUUACAAGCUCUCUUCUCCUCCAACUUAACAUUGACGGGUGCUCCCAGUCAGACGUGCUUAUCCACUGUCAGAAUACAGAUGCUGGGAUAUAUCAAUGCCAUCAUUGCAAAUGUGGCCAACUCAAGCCAAUGCUCGCUGAUGUAUAAAAAGGUCGAGGCUGUGAUAGAAAAUGACCAGGUUAAUAUUACUUUAAAUAUUAUGCCGUACAAGUGGAACAGCAGCCGCACGGAGAACUGCCUGAAGCUGAUCUUUCUGGACUUGGAUAAGGUGAAGAAGCAGAGGUUCUCCCAUGACCUCAGUCCAUCCUGUCCAGAUAUGCAGUACAGGGGGCUCAAUUUACAACGUGUUCACUAUAAGUGCAUUGUGCAGGGCUAUCUCUGGAGCAACAAAAGUUACUCCUGUGUACGACAAGAAAGUGGUAAAAGAAAACGGAGAAGCAGUUCAAGGCGACACCGAGGAUCUCAAAUAAUGUUGACACCUACACAGCUCAGGGGAAGUAACUCCCUGAAGAACAGUGGCAAGCCUCGACAGAAGCGCAGUGUGGUACAGAAUGCAUCUAGUGAGGUCUUAGCCUCCUGGCUACCUGUAACACCAGAGUGUCAAGACCAGCAACCUCCCGUGUUUGUGAGUUGUCCUCAAAACAUCACCGUGACUAUGGGUAGGAAAAAUCCCGAACCAUUCAAUUUUGAUGUACCUCAGGCUACGGAUAACUCCGGCGUCCCUCCCAUCAUGGGGUACUAUCCAGCAGAUAUAUUUAGACAGCCUUAUCUCUUCCGAGGACAGCAAAGGAUUAGAAUUACUGCUACUGACCAGAGUAACAACAUGGCGACAUGCUCCAUUCCACUACUCCCCGUGGACAGUGUCCCCCCAGAUAUGACCUGUCCCGAUACCGUAGUUGUGGAAAAGUACAACACAAUCUACAACCAAACCAACAUUACCAUCUCUAACGUAGCCUCGGCCUGGGACUUCAGCGGACUAUUCGGCAAUCACAUCACGUACAGUCGAGUCUCAGACCAGUUCAGUGAAGGGGCCGUUCCUUUGAGACAUUUUGUCAAUGUUACAGCCACGGCUUACGAUGUUCAUGGGAACAAAGGAUCCUGUGAUUUUCUGUACGAGGCCAAAAGAGCAGAUAUGAAUGCAGAAGGAAACGUUGUGUUGAAUUUCACCGUAAAUGUCGCAGAUCCCAGGAGAAACUGCACAGAUAACGUUUCUAAAUUAAUCAGCUACGAUGUGCUGAACAUUGCCAACAACAGCUGUAUCAAGAAUGCGGAAAUCUAUCUCGGAUAUGUCCUCUAUGGCAAUGUUGUAUCAAUGGACUCGCUAGUACUCACUCUGGUCGUGACCCAAUUAAAGGUCCACCGUCAGAAAUUCUACCAGUGUAUGGAUGAUUUCAUGCAGGGAAUGGUGGAGCGGUACCAGUCCGGUUCGUUCUUUGUGAGCCCAGAUUGUGGUGAUGUGAACGUCACACUCGAUGCCAAUAAAACCGCAAUUACCUGCCCCCUAGACAGCGUGCGCAACGAAACUAGUCUAACGUGUGUUCAGUGUGACCUGGGAUACUAUGCUGACCAGACUAAACAUUCCUGUGAGAGGUGUCCCAGCAUAGCGAGUGGAGUGUUCAUAUCCGGGGAUUGUCAGCUGUGUGACAGUGAACACCAUGUCUCCUGUCUCAAGCCCUGUCAGGCGGGUGAAUACUCGGUAAACGGACUUCAGCCCUGUAUCAAAUGUCCACAAGGCCAGUAUGCUGACCAACAGGGAGCCAUGUCGUGUAUCCCCUGUCCGAGCAAUCGGUCUACAGAGAAAUCCGGGGCUGCUAGCUCCACACAGUGUAGAGCUAUAUGCCCUCCUGGCCAGUAUAGUCAGACAGGGUUGGACACAGAGUCUGGGCCAUGUAUUGAUUGUCCGUGGAAUUACUACUCCUCCACGCAAAUGUCAACAAACUGUACACCAUGUCCUCAGGGCAACGCUACAGAAGGCGCUGGCAAGUCCAGCCUGGCUGACUGCAAAGUCACUGAUUUCUGUGCAAAGAGACCCAACCCUUGUCAGAAUGGAGGGACAUGUCUCCCAAACUACACGGACAAUUGGUACAGCUGUACAUGCCCCACGGGAUAUUAUGGUUAUCAUUGUGAGCUUUUCUACAGUGUGUGUGACAGUGAACCCUGUAUGAAUGGUGGAACAUGCGGUGUACUGAGUGACCGCCCAGUCUGUCACUGUCCAGCAGGUUACUCAGGCGAUCGUUGUGAAUUCCCACUGUCACCCUGUUUGUGUGUCUACGGAGCGUGUCGAAUCAGCGAGGCUGGGCAUCACUGUAACUGUUUCGAAGGAUUCACGGGACUAAGUUGUUCUGAAGAUAUUGAUGAGUGCUCACCCAACCCAUGUCUCCAUGGAGGCAAAUGCAUCAAUUUGAUUGGUCAAUAUCAGUGCGAUUGUUCUGGAACGGGUUACAGGGGAGUUAACUGUACAGAAUUGGAGCCCGAGACGAUGGUGACAUGCUUCCAUGGAGGAAUCUACAUGUCUGGAAAAUGUGCCUGUGUCCCAGGGUAUACUGGAUCUCAGUGCGAGUUGGGGAUUGAUGAAUGUGAAGAUGAUUUCUGUGGAGAGCAUGGGGACUGUAUAGAUGGUGUUCACAAUUUCUCCUGUGUUUGUAAGCCUGGUUUCACUGGAAAAGACUGCACCAACAACACAAAUGAAUGUUUAGCCGACCCUUGUCUGAACUCCGCUAUAUGUAUUCCUGGGAACAAUGACUUCAGUUGUCGCUGUCCCCCAGGUUUUCAAGGGAAGAGGUGUGAGAUAAAUCGAGAUGAGUGCACUCCCUUUCCCUGUAACCUGACGACAGCUAUAGACUGUAUUGAUGGGAACAAUGAUUACACCUGUGUGUGCAGGAGUGGCUGGACAGGUAAGUGGUGUGAGCAGCGCACUACCAGCUGUCCAUUCCAAUGUCAGAAUGCAGGUUCCUGUAAUGUCAGUGCUGGGAGGUGUGAUUGCAUGCCAGGAUAUACCGGAAUAUACUGUGAGGUGGCUCUAGAUGAGUGUGCAGGAAUGCCCUGUUUGAAUGGAGGGACGUGUACAGACCUGGACAAUGGCUUUACAUGCAGCUGUCCUCAGGGAUUCACCAACACUACCUGUAAUGUCAAUGUGGACGACUGUAGCUCACAUCCCUGUAGGAAUGGGGGCACCUGCUACGACCUAGUUAAUGGCUUUUCCUGCAGCUGUCCGCUGGAGUGGACGGGGGUCAACUGUGAACACAAAAUCAGUUACUGUCUCUCCCUGCCCUGUCAGAAUAAUGGUAACUGUGUUGAUAGUACAAGCGGAUACUACUGUGUAUCAUGUGCGUACGGCUACACUGGACAAAACUGUUCAGAAGAAAUAAUCACCUGUGAGUCGUCCCCCUGUGAAAACGGAGCUUCCUGUGCUGACAGCCACAGUGGCUAUGUAUGUAACUGUACCUCAGGUUAUAUAGGGAAGAAGUGUGAUGUCAGAGUGGAUCCUUGUCUCAGCCACAAUGUAUGUCAAAAUGGAUCAACAUGUCAGAAUGGGAGCUGUGUGUGUUCUCCAUUCUUCACUGGAUUUGACUGCGGAAAAGAAAAGUCCUCAGAUUUUGACCUGUUUUUCCACGGUUUGAAUGGUUCAUCCACGACAACCUCCAUCCCGGUGGAAGGGGAGAUGUCCUUCUGUCUGUGGAUUCGAUCCUUCAACACUGGCCAAAACAAAACCAUUCUCACUUUAGCAAUAAAUGACACUGUGUUACAAAAAGUAUUGGAGAUCCGUGAAAACAACUUCUCAGUCACAGCCAAAGAGAGGUCCGAUUCUUGGAACCUGAACAAUGCUCUAUGGAAUCAUGUGUGUUUUACCUGGACACAGGUGAAUUUGGGGGCGUGGUCCCUGUUCCUGAACGGCUCAAAAGUGGCAGGUGACAAUCAGAUGAACUUGCCGAAUAGAGUGGAGAUCUUAUUGGGUCAACCAUUACAGCCAGUGCUUGGUCAGGUACAGUUUUAUGGUGAAGUGAGUCAGCUCCAGGUUUUCCAGAACCAGUUAGAUCCAAACGUUGUCUCCAGUUUAUCCAAGUCCUGCAUCCCUGUCCCAGGAACCGGCCGUCCCUGGCUGGAGUUACAGGCUAACAUCAAGGGUGAUCUGGAGGUGAACGAACCUUCAAUCUGCAGAGGUAUGCGAUGUCCAGCUGGGUACAAGGGGCAUGACUGCAGCAUCAAGAUUGAUAAGAGUCCGCCUGUGGUCACACGCUGUCCGAGCAAUUUCAGAGUGGUCAGUUCCAAUCGACUGAGUCUGGUCAACUGGACAGAACCCACCUUCUUUGACGAUGUGGGUGUGGUGAAUGUGAUCCAGACCCACAGAUCAGGGGAAGUGUUGGCCUAUGGGGAAUAUGUUAUCAUGUACAUGGCUUUUGAUGCUGCCAACAACACGGGAAACUGCACCUUCCAUGUCGCUGUUACUCCUUUUGACUGUGAAGUACCAGCUGUUCCAGAGGGGGUGAAUCACAGUUGUCUGACGAUGGGGAGUGAGACGUACUGCAGACUGUCUUGUGACAAUCCAGCCACUCACGCAUUCAGCGAGUCUGUCCCCAAGUUCUACACGUGUGGACUAAGUGGACAGUGGGACCCACCCAGGGGAGAGAACUUCACUUUCCCAGCAUGUGCAGCCUUUUUUCCUCCUGCUGCUGGAGUGACUGGUACCAUCAGUUUUGCCGGCCCGACAUGUACUGAGGACCUGAGAUUGAGUCUGAACCAGAUCUUUGACCAAGUGAUGGGCAAGUGGAACCAGGAGUUCAAACUGUGUCCGGACCAGGUGUGUAACAUGCAGGUCCAAAUCCACUGCUCAGCGGACGUCAGUCAGAGAAAGAGACGCCGCCGACAGGCUGUGGACUCCUCGUAUCUCGUGCGAUUCAACUUCCCCGUAGACAAAGCAUCUUUGGAGACGACAAGUUUGCAGCCACUGGACAGUAUAAAGACUUUUGUGAAGAAAGGAGAGUUUAACAGCAAUGGAUUUGUUGCCCAGAAUGACUCUGUGAUACUGACCACACAGUGCAAUUGUUCGGACGGCCAGGAGCUGAAACAUGCAGGAACUACGGAAUACUGUGUGAAUUGUGCCGUAGGCAGCUUCCAGAACCAGCUUCGUAGUCCAGGUAUCUGUGAGUUGUGUCCGAUUGGAUUUUACAAUGAUCAGGAGAAGCAAACUCAGUGUACACCAUGUCCUCCAGGAAAAACAAGUCAAGAUCCAGGAUCCACCACCCUCUCACAAUGCUACACUAUUUGUCCAGCCGGUCAGUAUGCUGAGGAUGUUACCAAUGUGUGCAAAAAGUGUCCACGUGGCUACUACCAGAACUCCACGGGCAGCCGGAUGUGUCAGUCGUGUCCAAACGGUCAAAUGACUUUAGAGGACGGAGCGACAUCAGAGCAGUCUUGUAGACCUGGUUGUCUUGCUGGGGAGGAGUUGUCAGUGAAAGGAGUCUGUAAGCCAUGUAAUGAGGGCUUCUACAAGGGAGACUCGACUCAAGCAUCAUGCCAGCCGUGUCCGUAUGGCACCACUACGCCUACCACAGCAAGUUGGUCAGUGGACCAGUGUAGCAUUGUUGUAUGUGCUGAGGGGUCGUACACCUCCAACAACAGGUGUCUCCUGUGUGGCCUAGGUCAGUACCAGCCCGCCCGUGGUCAGAACAAGUGUCUGAAGUGUGCCCAGGGACAGACCACACUACUGGAGGGGAGCCGUAGUCCCUCGGACUGCGUGGAGGGAAAUGUCAAUGAAUGUGUGACCGGGGUGGCAGAGUGUGGCAAAAAUGAGAAAUGUCGAGACACGCCAUUGUUCUACGAGUGUGAUUGUGAGGAGGGGUAUGAACGCCGCAACAGAACUUGCAUAUCAAACCAACAUCCUCUUCAACAAGACGAUUCCAUGAGAGGCAUUAUAGGAGCCACUGUGGGGGUUGGAGCUGUUGUCAUUUUCAUUGUGAUUGGAAUGUGUCUGUACCGAUCCUGCAGCAGGAAGAAAGAAAAGGAGGGUUUAGAACACGAAGGUCCACUCUAUCGAGACAUGCCUGUGGUUGUGUUACCAGGGGGCCCAGCUCCAGUCUUCCAGAACCGGAUCUACGGCUCCAGCCGGUCCAGUAGUGUGUCCCUCCCCGGCUCGGACAUGAUGCUUACCCCGGUAAUGUCUCCAUUUCGCUGGCGUCAGACUUACCUAGAGACAGAGGAGGAUAUGUUGCCUUACUUCUGUCCUGACGAAUCACUGAAUAUCUCCGACAGCUCAGAAAAUGGCUCGUCUCAGGGCGGACGGAGCACCGGUAGCGGAUUUGACGUUGAUUCAGAUUCCUACUUUUGAUGUAUGCCCGUGGAAAACCUCCAUUCCACUUGUAGCAUAUUAUAAGAGAGAGUCUUCUCCAGUCCACCAUAGGCCCUACCGAGAACAUUUCACGAAGGAUUUUGACCUCUGGAGAGGACGUAAUUACCAGUUCAAAACUAGGACAUACCAAUUCAAACCGAAUUCACAAUUUAAACCCAAUACACUAUUGGGCCACAGCAAAAAAUGGUACAUCCAGGACCUAAGAACUGAGCGUUAACCAGUAUAUCAAGGUUAAAACAUCCGAGUGCCAAGAAUUGCUCAAUCCCUGCAUGGAGUGUUUGCAAAAAAGUUGUUUACAAAAACUUUCAGGAUGAAAUCACCGAUAAGAUGAAAUUUUAGACCUCCUAGACCGGAGGAUGAGGAUAGAAGUGUGUGCCAUAGAAUCUUCUACAUAGCAGCGAAUCUGAGAACUAGUCAACAGAUGUGAGAACUAGUCAGUUAUAGACGAGGAUUAUAAUUAGUUCAAACAAAAAGUACAAUGUAUGAAUAUCCCAUUGUUAACUUUUCUGAUCAUCGAAUUUUAUAACUUUGUAGACAUUUAAUCCUCAAAUCAAUAGUUUUGUGCCCUGUGCUCUUUUUACAUUUUCCUUUCAUUCUCCACAUUUUCUCCAAAACUAUAUUUAUAUCAAGGGGUGUUUAAUUUAAAGGAAUGUGCCUUUAUGUUCCUGUGUUGGAUUUUGACUUGCAUCAUAAAUGCAAACUUACAAAUGAUUAAGACUGGAGCAAGGGUAAUCUCGUGUGAAGAUGAACUUUGUGUUCAGUCAGGGGUGUUUUGUGUUCAGAGAAGAAUAUUGACCAGAGAAGGUACCAUAUUAGAGGCGAUACAUGUAUAUCGCUCAUCUGUGUUGCACAGCUACAGGGGGAACAUUUGAGUUUAGAAAGGAAUACAGACCUUUCAAUCAUAGCGGGUGAAAUGUUGAAUUACUGCACGUCUAUGCAUGUAAAUGGUGCAAUAAUAUUCAAGAAUCUGUACAAAAAUCGCAAUGGGUAGUACACUUAUUUCUGUGUGAGAUGGGUAGUACACUUAUUUCUGUGUGAGAUGGGUAGUACACUUAUUUCUGUGUGAGAUGGGUAGUACACUUAUUUCUGUGUGAGAUGUGCCUGUUGAUUUAACUUAUUAUUAGUUGUAUUGUCUGGUGUGUAGUAUUCUGUUUAUUGUGUUAUUUGUAGAUAUUGAAAAACACAAUGAGAGACACUGAGAAAACAAUUCUCCACUUUCAAAAUGGCAGGUCCAAGUAGAUGUACAUGUGUGUUUGUACGGUGCUCAGAAUGUGUGUGUGUGUGUGUGUGCGCGUACAUGUGUUUGAUAUUUCUGUGCUUGUCAUACCUAGGGUGUAAAAAAAGUUUCAUGUUUGAAGAAAAAGUAUUCCCGUUUAUCAGAGUGUACCUGUACUCUCAUUUAUUUCUGUAUCCAUGAACACAAGAUUGCUGAAAAUAAAGUCAUCUACUUAUGCAUACAUGAACGGUGCUGAAACAGAGCGAAUGGUUUCAUUGAUAUAGACAUGUUGGUUAUAAACUGCUGAUUUUGGACGGUUUCUGUUCGUUUUUAUUCAAUCUUUGAAACUAAUGAAAAUUAAAAUGAGAAUGUGUAUGUAUGGUACUUUAACAAGUGCCCUGUAAUUUGUGUUAUGCAGUGUAUCUAUAUAUAUAAGUUUUAUCAAGUACCAUGUGUUUUUUUUUCAAUAUUAGAUGUCCUUGAGGUGCUACUAAUAAAGUGAAAUUCAUUUUGUGUAGAGAGUUGCCAUGGUUACCUUGUUUGUACAGAUUCAUCACAUUUUCUGUAGAAGAUACAACAUUCCAGUUUUGUUUCUAACAGUGUAUACAUAUACCACGUGUUAACAACACAGCACUAAGCAAUUGCAGAUUGUGCUAAUGAAGGUCAAUAGGAAAUAACUUUCAUUCAUACAUAAUUAAGAUGGUGCAAAAUGUAGGAUAUGUGCAUUAAUUUUGAAAUAUUUAUUAUAGAUAUUGUUAUGGUCAUACUUGGUACUAAAUGUAUACAUUGUUACAAUGAUGUAGAAUGUGCCAAAGUUCAGCAUUUUUUGACCUCUGAAUAUUAUGUUGACAGUCUAGUCUCGUUAUUUUCAAAUGUCACUAUCUCACACUCUGAAGUUGCUGGACUUAUAUUCAGAGUGUACUACACACUAGGUAAUGGACAAGAUUCAGUUGUAAUGCAGAUUUUAUAUUUGAUGACAACUAAUGAAAAGCAAUGAUACUAAUUGAAAUAACCCCCCCCCCCCCCCCCCCCCCCCCCCCA